UGAUUUUAUAACAAAUUAAUUAAUGAAGAAGACUUAAAUUAUGACUUACACAUUGUGCCAAGUUUGCCUUAAAGGCAGGGAUAAUGUAUUCCCUUUAUCGGGAAAAGAUAUUGAGAUAUACAAUCGAAUUUUUAAAGAGCAUUCAAAUGAAUCGAAAAUAUUUAUGUGUAUAUUUUGCAAGAGUCUAUUACGUAAAUUGGAUAAAUUUGUAGAACAAUGUCGCAAUGCACAUACGAAUAUGGACCAAAAAUUUAAACAGAAUACUUUAACAGUACAAAACAACAUAAACAAUAUAUCUAUAUCACCAACAAGGACAUUCUAUAUAGGUCCUGAUUUUAUGCAUUUAGAUAGUAACAUAAAAGCAGAGGAUAAUAAAAUAAUUUAUAUAACAGAAGAUGAGGAUGAUGUACCACUGGUGUUGUUUUGUGAAAGCAGUAUGGAUGCUGCGGAGUUUGAAAAUGGAACUGUAUCUGAUAAUGAUACAAAUAUGUUAGAAGAAAAAUCAAAUAUGGAAUUAAAUUUAAAAAACGAUCCUGCAAAAAAUGGUAUUAAAGUUAAGAAGCAAAAGAAAGUAUUAAAAGAAGGAUUCAGUUCUCGAAUGGUUCAAGAAACAUCAGAAUACACUGUCAUCAAAUUGACAAAAGAACAGGUUUUAGAGGAAAUGAAGGAACGUGCAAAAAGCGAGAAAUAUUUACGUGCUCCAUACAAAUGUGAGAGUUGUGUUAAAGGUUUCAACUUUGAAGAUGUCUUACAAAGUCAUAUGGAGAAACAUUUACAGAAACAAGGUCAGUACCGUUGUGAGCUUUGCUCUCAAUACUGUCCUAGUUCAGUCUCACUGCGAGGUCAUAUGAAGUCACAUACAACUAGAUAUAGGUGCAAGAUAUGCGGUUACAUUCGUCUUUCUCGACAGCAUGUGUUGGAGCACCAUACAAUUGUGCACACACACGCUGCAGCCGCAUACAGCUGCGGCCGAUGUGUCUUCACCACCAACAAACGUACAGUGAUGCAGAGACAUGUUCGCGUACACAACAGCACAGCGGCGCACGAGUGUCAUAAGUGUGGCAAAAUGUAUAAGAGCUUAGAAUCUCUACGUGUGCAUACUAUGCGUCACGACAAUAAGAAAAAGUUCCAAUGCGACCAGUGUAACUUGAGCUUCGUGUACCCCACACAAUUACACAAACAUGUCCAAUCCGUGCAUAUAAGAAGAGAUUAUUAUUGUGUUGAAUGCGAUAUUAAAUUCAAAUCUAUGGACACAUUAAAGUUACAUUUCAAACGAGCGAAAAGACAUCGAGACGGUAUUCAUAAUAACAAAGGUGAAUCCAGAAGUAUAUCAAGUCGUAACACUCGGCCACGUAGGAAACAAACCACAUCGAAUACGUAACAAUUACGUCAU